AUGCCUAUGGACUGGACCCCACAGGCCGAAGCAAAGCUUAUCGCAGCCAUCUUCCAAGUCUGCGACAUCAAAAUCUCUAGCGCUGAGUACGCCGCUUUGGCCAAAAUCAUGGGUCCAGAAUGUACCCCAAAAGCCAUCACCCACCGCGUGACCAAACUCAAGCUCGCCGGAGCGGAGGACAGUGGUGUCGAGAUGGCGAAGAAAGUUACGAAGAAGAAGAAGAAGGGUAGGGUUGCUGCUCCUGCUGCCAAGGCUGGAGAGUCACCGCCCAAGGUCAAUUCUUCUAAGAAGAGGACUUUUCAAGGUAAGAUGAAGAAUGAUGCUGGCGAGGUUCUGCUUGAUGGGAAGGAGAUUGAGUUUGGGGAGGAGGUUGGUGAGGGAUUUAGGAAGAUGAGAGCUAUGGUGGAGGAGGAUCAGGAGGAUGAUGAUGGGUUGCUUUGA